GACGCUCCAAUCCGUUCGCACCUGUUCUCUCGUCCUGUUGGGUUUAAUUAGGUUUCUGCCUGGACGGAGUGGACACUGCGCGCGCGCGCGUUGAUGUGUGUGUGUUGAUGUUUUAGGAAACCCAUCACAGGGUAAAACGCACCGCACUGAACACACUCCGAGACACAGUUUCAGCUUCGCCGCCGCUUUUUGCGCACUGGACGCGUCUGUAGCCGGAAAGAAGGAGGGCGAAUUAUUUUAGAAAUGCCUCUCUUAGAAAGUUUUUAAAUGAAUGAACAGAAAUAUAAACUUCAAUUUCACGCCUUAACAAUUCAUUACAGGAACUCGCUACCGUGUAGAAGAUGCGCCUCUCCGGAGGGUUAUGGCUUUUUACCGCCUGCACUUUACUCAGAUUUAUCUUCAGCCAGCCCACAGUCUUGAAGACCCUGAUCACCCGCCGCACCGAGUUCAACUCCAAACCCGGUGAAUCUGAGAAAACCCGAGACGUUCUCACAGAGAAAACUCACUCUUUCAAAUCUGAUAAUGAGCAGACAAGGGUCAGAACCAGAUUCGGGUCAAACCUUCCUCAAUCUCGAAGCACCAGUAGAAUGGGUCUCACCACGGAGUCCCCAGAUCUUAACUCGUACCUGAACCUCCUCAGCGGAUUCUACCAGAUGUCUCAGCCCGUACCGAUGGACGGCUUCUUUCGAGCUCUGGUUUGUCUGUUAGCUAACGGGACGCAGUGCGGGUGGCAGGCGGAUUUAACCGCAGCUCUGAUUUCGAAGUCGAGUGGCCCGUUGAUGUCCUUCCUUACGUCUGUUAAAUCUCAGAUGUGUCCGUCAAACACCUUCCAGAGGAGCGGAGAUCCGACUGGAGCUCAGUCUCAGCUCAGCGCUCUUCACAAGCUGCUGAGUACCGUCUUUUCUCUACAGCUUUCCGAAAACUUUUGGACUGCAUGGAACGUUUUUUUUGACUUGUCUUUAUCUCCAUUGAUUUCGGACAUGUCCUGUGUAUUAAUAGACUUUCUUCAGUUGUUGGUAGAACUGGUAACAAUCGGAUUACAGUUUGGUAUCGAGGCACCUACGCUGAACCAGACUCAACAUUGUCCUCAGGGAGACCUUAAACAGCUUAUAAUAUGGGGUAUGAGCCAAAAUUUAAGCUGGUCCUUUGGCGAUUCGAUCCUGAACAUGUUUCUGACUCCUGACGUUCCUUCGUGCAGCUAUUCAGACCCGGCAUGCCAGAUCGCAUUUGAUCUCCAGAGCAGCCGCUCUGUCGCCUCCCCAGUGGACGACCCUGUAACACGACUGUCCUGCGACGAGCAGGAUGUUAAACACCUCAAUAACACCCUCUGUGCAGAGAUUAUAAGCAGUAGAUCUCAGGUUCCUGAUGCUCUCUAUUAUGUUUGUGAAUCUCUAAGCACUCUGUCCCACUCUGAACUGACUCAGGUAUGGAGAAACACCUGCCACAUGAUGGAGGUUAUUCUGUCACCCCUUUUGGAACCCUGCCCACCAGCACCCUCGGAAUCAAGCCAGAGAGUUGCACGGUCCACCCUUAGCCUCAGCCAGCUUUUCUGCAACUACGAGAACUGGACAUCCGGGGACAUCAUCGAUCCAGGUCUAGUUACUAUAUGCAGUGACAAUGAACCCGAGGCUUUUCUCGAGGGUGUGUGCAAUAAUCCCUAUGUAAUGCCGGUGCUCAUCAAGAACCCGAGCAAUAGCUGGGUGUGGGAAUACUGCGGAAACGUGUCCGAAAGAUACAUGGUCUGGCAAUACUGCGUGUAUGAUCAGUGGUUUGCUCAAAUAAUUGAUGCUUCUAUUGUGGCAAUAUGCUGGAACAAUGAUCAUGCAAGAAUGGAGAAGCUUCUGUGUGACAGUCUGGAUUUUUACAUGCUGAUUUAUUCCAAUCAAGAAAAUUCCUGGAUAAUGCCCAACUGUACUGAGGUUCCUUCACCUCCUCCAAAUGAUACUAACUCUCUUGUCCCAGAAAUGUGUCGGUACUCGGAAUGGCGCAACGUAAUGGCAGUCUUCACAGAUCAGAUUACCAUGUGCAUACAAAAUGAUGAGCCUCAAUUUGUAAGUGAGGUCUGUGCCAACACCUCAUUCCUCACUUCGCUAGUUCUCAACAAGCAGAAUGAAUGGGUGCAAAAGUAUUGCACACUCCAGUUGGAAAGUUCUCCAACAGUUCCACCUGUAGCCUCGAGCACUACUGUAUCUCCAGCAACUCCACUGAUCUCCAUCACUUCAUCAUCUGUCACUUCAACUAAGACCUCAACAGAGGCCACUCCUUCUAGCACAACCCUUUCUCCAUCACUAGUCCCAACAACUUCAUCAACCUUCACAACUCUUUCUAGCACAACCCUUUCUCCAUCCCUAGUUCCAACAACUCCAUCAACAUUUACAGCUCUUUCUCCCACAACCCCUCUGACCUUCACAUCAACACUCUCCUCCAGAGUCAAUCUCUCUCCAUCAAUAGUUCCUCCAGUGUCCUCCAGCAUUGCUUCAUCUCCCUCAUCAUCCCCCAAUGCCAUUUUAUCUAGCACAUCAAGCUUUCCCAUCUUGCUAACACAAUCUCCUCCGGCGUCUACAAAAAUAGCAACAACUUCUAACCUCAUGCUUUCUUCAUCCCUCACCAAACUUCCUGCAACAGUCUCCUCAACCAUCUCCACCGCCACUCUUCUUCCUAUAAUCAGCCCGACUCUCUCUGCUAGUGUACUCUCAACCAUUUCUCCAACAUCUUUGCUACCUUCAACCCCACCAACUAUCCAUCCCACAAUUCCCAGCAUGUCUGAUUUGUGUAAAUAUUCAUCCUGGAUGGUUUUACCAGUGCAUCCAUCUGUCAUUGGUCUAUGUUGGAAAUUUGACAUGAUAGCAUUCCAUCUUAACAUAUGCUGUAACAAGACGUUGUUAGCACGCCUAAUAGUCGACCCCCAGAACCAGUGGUUGAAGUCUGUCUGCUCUGAUAAUGACACGUCAGACUUUCUUCCCAAAAUUUGCCUGUACUCACAGUGGACCAAGCCAGUCGUUGUAGACAUGACCGACCUUGCUCUUUGUGCUGAUCUGGACACGGCAAACUUCAUCCACAAAGUAUGCACCAACGUCACCGUUCUACAGAACCUCCUAACCAAUUUGGACAAUACCUGGUUGCUGGAGCAGUGCUCCAACCUCACUGGGUCUGGCAAAGACAAUCUGAUGGGUUUCAAGCCCUCCGAGCAAUGUCGCUACACAAACUGGACGGUGAAUCUCCCAAAUGCAGCUCUCCUUGCACUCUGCUGGGACUAUGACCAAGCGAACUUCAUCUUGUCAGUCUGCGUCAAACCUGAUGUGCUGUCUCACAUAGUUCAAGAUCCUUCCAAUCUCUGGGUGAGCGCUUUGUGUGCCACCUGCUUGAACAACACCAGGGUCGCCCAGUCCAACAACACCGACAGCAGCAGCAGCAGCUCAAGUAAUACGAACACCACUGAGCUCCACCUUUGUCUGGUGAAAGAGAUGAUCGUAAGACUGAACUGGACAUGCAGUAUAGACUUGAACACCAUUUGCCAGCCAGAUAUCCCUCAGCUUCAGGCGUUUCAGGCGUUCCUGCGCUGCGGUGUGGAGGUUCUCCUGCCCCGUUUGGAGAAAACGAUGACUGCAGAGGUGGCUUCGAUGGUCAGACAGGCUCAAAAUUUGUGGGUAAUUCUGCUGCUUGUUCUGGAAGAAAAUGGAAUGACGACUUUGAGGGUGACCGAUAACAUCGGGCAAAGCGUCCUGGACUCUGUAUCUGCCUUCCUGGAGAAGGAAACAAGCUUCAGCAAGAAGCAAGUCCUCUUGCAGUGCUUUGCGAAAGUCCUCACCAGCCUGAUGCAAACAGGAAGAGACGUCACCAGUGAUGGUUCAUUUUUAAUAAAGCAAUAUUUUGCAAUUCCUCUGGAGCGUCUCAGAGCGGUGCUGAGUUCAGUGGACAUGAACACCAUGAGACUGAUUUUGCACUACCUCAACCGCAACCAUGAGAACCUGCAGCUGACUGAGGACUACCUGCGCACCCUGGUGUCGGUGCUGAUCCAAAUCCACCUGAGACAAGAUGAGACCCUGUUUUUGGACCUCGGCCCUCUCUUGCGGUUCGCCAAACCCGAGGACAUCAUCUCCCUCCCUCCGCUACAAUCCAAUCCCAUUGUAUUAAACCUGAUUAACAACACCAUCAGCAGCCUGUCGGCGGAUCAGCGGCAGGCUUUCGGCUCGUGGUUCGGUCAGUCUCUGGGCACGGUGAACAUAACGGCAGGCGACACGUCCUUCAUCCGAGACUGCGGUAACCUGAUCGCGUACCUGCCGUUCCGCAGCUUCCAGCACCUCUCACCUGCUCAGGUCCUGAACGGUCUGGAUGUUCUUCUGAGGAACGAGUUGGGAGACGUGAAGCAGCAGUUUGUAGCUCAGAGCGUCUUUGGUGUGUACAAGAACCUGACAGCAGAUGACUUCAGAAGGUUAGCCACGCUGACUUGCCAGGCUAGCAUGAGUGACCUGCUGGCGUAUGUGGACACCAGCGCCUUCCCGGUGAUCCAGGAGAACAUCAGGACAUGCGUUGCACAAGGCACACACGUUCCCAGUAACAUGAUUUCUAGCCUGCUGUUUGUAAAUGGAUCCGAGCUCCAGUCUCCCGGUUCUCUCAGUCCUCAGAAGGUCUCUCAGCUUGUACCGCUCUUUCCUCUGCUGGGGGCGGAGUUUCUGCAGCAGCUCAACCAAUCGCAGCUCGUUCCUGUCUUCAGUGCCCUCACCUCUGUUCACUUCACACCUACACAGGCCGCUGUGAUUGUAGACAAGAUCUCUUCCAGCUUAAAUUUGUUUGAUGCAGGAACUUUACCAAAGUUAGGCUCCCUGCUGAGUGGACUGAGGGCCGAGUCUCUCUCCACACUGCCCUCCACUCUCCUGCUCUCCACACUGACCAACUUCAGCCAGUACAAACCUCAACUGACCCCUCCACAGAUCAACGCCAUUACUACACAUCUCUGGGCUGCUCCAGCUGUGGUCACAUGGUUAGAUGAGGCGGAGCUUUUGCUGUCCAGCACGCCUCUCCAGUCUGUGAUGCCUCAAACCCAGCUGAUUCUGACCAACAGCACUGCUCCUUAUACACACAGCUGGAACACACAGCAGGCUAAAACUCUGUUUAAUGAGGUCAUGAGCGGCACAUCGAGUCUCACAACCCAGCACUUCCUGUCUCUGGGGACAGUCGCACAGGGCGUCAGCUGUAAUAUACUGACGAAGCUUUUCCAGAGUUCUGUAUCCAUGUCCUCCAUGCGUGACCUCCUGCAGGUCCUGAGACAGCAGCCGGUUCCUCUUCACCCCUCACUGAAAAGGUGUUUGUUUGAAGUAAUGUACAAGUCUGACUACUUCUUGAAGCUGCUUGGUGAGAUGGGAGCUGAGAUCGCUCUGUCCAUCCCGAUGAGUUCUAUUAAGAAGUUCUCCCCAGCGAUGAUGGACUCUCUCAGGAGAAUGAUCCUUCUGGAUCCUCAGUACUUCCUGCUUCUUCCCAGGAUCAAACAGGUCAUGCUGGUGGACAAGAUGGUGCAGAGCCUGGGUCUGAACACAGCUCCAUAUACUGAGCAGGAGUUUCGUUCUUUGGGAAUCAUGGCAACAUUUGUAGUGGACACAGUCUUCCUGCAGCUGGACAGGAGAUUCUUCGUGGACAGCAUCGAGUUUCUGCGAGGUUUCUGUUAUAACGCUAGCAAAAGUGACAUCGUAGCGUCGAUGCUGCAGGAAGACGGCACGUUCGGCCCAGUCCAAAAGUGGAACUCAACAACCCUGAUUCAAGUAGACAGGUUCCUCUUCUUCCUGCCACAAGAGAUCAUCCAGCUGAUUCCUCCGGCUCUGAUGAGUCCGGAGCGUAUCGAGAGGCUGUUUUUCAGCCAGCAGCAGUGGGAGGAUGGAGAUGUGGGCUCUGUGUGUGAACACCACCCCGACAAGAUCUUAUCCAGGAAGCAGUUCGUGUUUCAGUACUUCUCAGGAUUGAUGAAGCUGGGACGCUCUUCGCCUUCAGCCUCCAGCGCACCUCCGUCCUGUGAGAGUGUGCAGGCGACCGGUCCGGCUGUCUGGUCCGUAAUCAACCUGGUGAACAUGUCGUCCUCGGAUUUCCGCCAGUGCCUCGAACUCUUCGGCCAGGAGCCGUCCUUCACAUCUGACCAGCUCUCACUGCUGCUCCACAAAACCAAAGAGGUGUACGGAGUUGUUUCCUCCUUCACACCAUCUGUCGUCGCUCAGCUGGGACGCAUUGCCACGCAGCUCUCGCUGGACGAACUGGCGUCGCUCAAACUGUCGGAAAUUCUCUCCAUCGCACCUUUAGGAGCCGUUAGCACCUGGACCAGGAAGCAGUUAGGAGUUUUGUUCUCCACUGUGCUGAAUGUCACCAAACAAACCCCCCUUCAGCUGAAUUCCAGCUCUUUAGUGGCUCUGGGACACAUGGUUUGUGGGAUUGAAGCUUCCGUUAUCCAAACCCUCAAUCCUGUAGAGUUCAGUAAGGCCGUGCUGUGGCUCGGACGUCUGAAUCUGUCGUGUUCUGAGGAUCAGCUGCAGGCCGUCGUCUUUCUGCUCAGCAGCAGACUGGUGUUUGGACCCAUCAGUACAUGGGGUCCAGAGGUGUUUCUUGAGAUCGGGGCAUUCUCUGCUGGAAUUCCUGACAUGGCCAUGUCCGCCCUGGUGAAGGAGCAGAUAGAAGGAAUCACGCCGCUCGCCAUCUCACUCAUUACAGCCAAAAAGUUUGCAGUGGUGUUUAAUCAGGCUCAGAUCAGUGUGUUUAGCUACGAGCAGGCCGCUGCGGUGACUACGGCCCAGCGGUCAGCUCUCAGCUCCGUACAGCAGACCGCUCUGUCCAUUGUGCUCAACUCACUCGAGGACAAACCUGUGGAUUUCAGAGGCAGGUCAUCAGGAGUAGCAGCUGAAGUCUGUCUUUUCUGCCAUGUCUGCAGUCUGCUGGUGUUCGUCCUGAUGCUCCUCCUCGACAGCCGAACAUGAUUAAAAAAAACAAAGAAAGUUUCUUUAUGAAGCCUGUGCAAUAUUCUGUAUAUGAUUUAAUAACAGCACUUUAAUUUGAUCAGUGUAUAAUUAAUGAUUUCACUCUAAAUGUUUGCAUUGUAGGAUAGGUUUAGUGUUUAUUUGUUCAUUUAUUUAUUUAUUUAUUCUUAUAUUAUUUGUCCUCUUAUUUA